CUUGUGACCCGGUUCGCUCUUGGAAGCCUUUCAAAUUCCAAUUACUCUAUCAAAAUUUUGAGCAUAUCAUUUACGCAAAAGAUACCACGGAAUACUCUUUAGCUCCAUCUUCAAUAUCUACACCUCCAUAGUUAGAGCAAGAAGGUGUGGGCACCAUCCUCCAAUCUCCCAAAGAUCUGCUCAGGAAGAACGAAAAUGGCGGCCUCGUUCAGAUGGAUAUUGCAGCUACACAAGGACGUCCCGAAAGCUGCUAAGUUCUACUCGGAAGGAUUGGGUCUCACGAUCAAUGUCUGCACUCUUCGCUGGGCCGAGCUCGAAUCUGGCCCUCUCAAACUCGCUCUCAUGCAAUCCCCCAGCAAUGAUGUUGUAGAGAAGGGAUAUUCAUCACUUAUAUCCUUCACAGUAUCUGACAUCAACAAUACCGUGACGAAACUGUUAACAUUAGGUGCAGAGUUGGAUGGUCCAAUCAAAUAUGAGAUUCAUGGGAAGGUUGCUGCUGUGAGGUGUGCUGAUGGGCACAUGGUCGGUCUUCAUGAGCCUGUCUAAGAGUGAGACAUGAGAGAAUGGACGAUCCUAUGUGGUGCACUGUGUGUAGCAGAUGCAUAUGGGAAAACUCACUGGUGUUUCGUAUCUGCUCCACUGAACGGUGAUGCUUUUAUGUUGAAACAUUCAACUGUAUCGAAUGACAUGAUGAAGAACAACUACGGUAGAACUAUAGGUCUUUGAGGCUGCUACUAACAAGAAGCUGAUGAAGAGCAAUUGCGGUAAAUGAGUUUGUAUUUUACUCCGCAGUUUUCAAAUGGAGACCAAGAACAAAAGAGAGGAAAAAACAGAGUCCAAGUAAAUUGUUUUUUCUUAACUCAAGAGGUCAUAAAUUAUCAAAUUUGAUUGUGAAACUUUGAAGUAAGAAACUUAAAACUAAAAUUAUACGGAGUAAAAAAUUAUUUCUUGUCUACGUAACGUUGACUCACUGAAUGUGAUUAAGGGUAAGGAUUCUCCAAUUUCUAAUUAUUAAUAUAUCCUUAUUCUAUUCAUUUCUGUAAUUCUAUUGGUGACUUGGCCUUGUGCCUUUGUUAGUAGAUAAUAAAAUUUGAGAAACCAGGUCAUGACCAAAUGACCAAUCCUAUGAUUCCUAUUUGUGUUUCUAAAUAUAACUAUAUAAGUUACAUG